GAAAGAGAGAAAGGGACGGAGAGUAACACCUGUCCUGACCUGGUCAAUCAGAUUUUUUCGUUCCUUACCGUGGUAACGCGUUAACGAAACGUUACGAGAAAAAUAUAUCGUUUGCUUUCACAAUCGUCUUAAAUUAAAAUCAAAAAUAUUUUCUAUAGAUCGUAGGAUACAUUAAUCGUUCAUUAAUUUGUAUAUAAAAUUUUUAUAAGACUCUUAUUCAAUGAUACUGAUAGAAGGAAAUCAAUGUACAAGCGGAAACCUGUGAAAAAAUAUUAAUGUUUUUUAACAGACGUCAUGUCUGUAUUAAAUGAGUUCUUGGAAGCUUUUUGCGUGAAUUAUAGACGUUUAAAUUAGUUGAUAAUGUAGUAAUAAUAAUUUGAGUUAAUAUGAAGAAAUAACAAUCCACAAUGUGCCAGUGUUGUAAAAAGCACUAUUAGAAGGCACAAAUGUUAGAGGGUGGUUAUAUUAGUGUCAUUUUUUGAAACAUGGCUUAUAAUCCACAUAAUGUGAAAUAUCCAUCUGAAAUACACGACCAUCCGCAACCAAAUAUGACAGGAUACACAUAUCCUACACAUCCGCCGCAGCAUGUGCAACAAACGGAUGAAAAUAGAAAUGAAAAUAAUUGUGGAAAUAAGGAGACGUGUCCUCAAAUUUCGCAUCAAUCUUCAAGCACACAAACGAUUCAAAAAGUAGAUGCGGCUACAAUGACAGAUCCUUUGCAAAUAGAUUUCAGACUUACUUCUGAAUAUUUAGCGCGUUGUUCCAAUACGUUAGGUUUACCAUAUGUAACAAAAUAUGAGGAUAAUAGCAAUAAUUCUUCACACAAUUGUCAAGAAGUUCGGCCAAAGCUUGAAUUUGAAGUAGAACCGCAGCACAUCAAUGGUAUGCUGGUGUAUCACUGUCCAGAAUGUGCAUAUAGAUUUGAAGAUCGUGAAACAUUGCAUGAACAUCUAGAGGAUCACCGGCAGCGGCCUCAUAUCUGUGAUAUCUGUGGUGCAAGCUUGAAGCGAAAGGAACAUCUUGAUCGACACAAACAAGGCCAUAAUAAAGAUAGACCUUAUCAAUGCAAUAUGUGCUGUAAAGCGUUCAAACGUAACGAGCAUCUUGCACGCCACAUGAUUAUCCAUUCGGGCAGCAAAAAUCAAAUUUGCACAGAGUGUGGCAAAGGCUUCUACAGAAAAGACCAUUUGAAAAAGCAUUUACAGAGUCAUAACAGUAGUAGAAAUAAAAUUUUAAAUAGCUCACAAAAUAACCAAAAUGGUCAAAGUACUAACGAAGAAGGACUGAGUAGUUUUGCCAUGAUGAUGAGGCAAGCUGGGCCACCUCCGUUUUCCAUUUUGCGUACUUAGCUGUAAACUCUUCGCAUGUUUUUACGUGAAUCACGAGCAGAAAUCUUUUUUGUAAUUUAGGAAAACGAAUUUUUCAGGGUUGAACUUUACUAGAAUUUUAAUAAAAUAUUUAUAAAUUGUGAUUAAUGUCGCAAAAGAUUGCAAUCACAAUUUAUCGAGCAGUUCUACGUUAUUGCCUAUUAACGUAUAUCAAUAUGAGCAAAUGAAACAUUUUCAAUAACUUUUAUUCUUUUAAUAAUAAGUUUCGAAUAUUCAAUCGUUUGUGCUAUCUAAAAGUUUUCUAAAUCGAUAAACGUUUGAUAUUUUUUAUUAUAAAUAUUACUUUGCUUGCGAUUACUGAUUCUAAAAUCAGUCGUCUAAGUCAAAUUAACGUAAUUCAGAUUAUUCUGCUUCUGCUAAAUAUUAUGGAAAGCAGUGACUGUUAUUUAUCAUUAAAAAUAUGUUUUUCGUUACUGUUUAAAUGAUGUGCUAAAUGUUGUUAGCUAAGAGUUACUAUGACAAAGGUUAUUAUACCUCUACCCUUCUUAUAAUAAAUAAGACGAACAUUUAUAAACCUUUUGAGAAACGGAGUAAAAUUCGAUAUUAAUAUUUUAUGACAAUUUGCCUACAAGCGUGACUGUUAUUACGUGCAUAUGUUGAUAACCAUAAAAGAGAGAGAGAGAGAGAGAGAGAGAGAGAGAGAAAGAGUGAAUGUAAUAUUAUUAGGUAAUUAAUUAAUAGUUGGUAUUUUACAUUUACACUGUUCAUGUAUUAACAAGCAUACACUGACUCACGUAUACAUAUACGCACGUUAAUAAACGAGCGUACAUAUGUAUACCUUAUUAUAUCGUUAUUUUAUCAUAAUAUGAUUAUUAUUAUUGUUACAAUCCCUAUUGCCACUAUUUCCGCUACCGUUAUCACUGCUUCACAGUCAUUUUUAGUACCAUUAUAAGUUUAAUUUUAUUAUUAUUAUUAUUAUUAUUAUUAUUAUUAUUAUUAUUAUUAUUAUUAUUAUUAUUAUUACUAUUAAUAAUAUUUUGUUGUAUCAUUCUUGUAUAUUAUUUAUAUUUAUGGAGAAUAAUUGACUGUCCAUCGGUUUUGUUGUAUUAUAAUUUAAAAGUAAACGAAGAUGAUUGUGUAAACCAGGCAAGAUGAAAGAAAAGAAAUAAAAAUGGAAAGGAAACGUUAUGUUAUGUUGUAGCAAUAUGAUUAAAUAAAUCAUUAUUAUAUAAA